UCCCAUUUACACAUUUUGUGUUAGUAUUAUUAUCUAUAAAUAGAAAGAAACGAAUACGUAAUCUAAAAAUCGUGACAAUCUACAUUGACGAGUUCAAUAGAGCAAGCCGAGGAGACUCUAAGGAGGGAAAAUCGUUCUCGUGUCUACAAUUUGGAAACCCUAACUCCAAUCCAUCUACCCUGCUAGGUUGCCACUACAAUGUACAACCCUAAUUACGAUUCCAGAUACGCUGACUCCAAUUCCUAUCGUCAACGCAGAAGUGAUCUGAUAGGGCCACCGCAUAUAGCCGGUGGAGCUGCCUUAAGUAAUAGCCGUGGUGCCCCAACUCCUUAUGGAGGUCCUGUGGUGGCUCCGCCACGUUAUUCAGGGUUCCCUUCUUUCCAGACUGGUGGGAAUGAGGAUCGAGGUGGUGCUGGGCGGGGAUUUGAUUUGAGCCGAGGGGGUAGGGCUAGUGGGAGGGGGUUUGAUAGAGGACACGGUGGACGUGGAGGUGGGAGAUCUGGAUAUGAUGGAGGGCGAAGUGGUGGCACAGGUAGGCAUGGGGCACAUGGCAGGGGGCGAGAUGAUUUGGAUAACAUUUCCCUUCCAAAACAAGAUUUUGGAAACUUGGUUCGCUUUGAGAAGAACUUCUACUCUGAGAGUCCAUCAGUGAUGGCAAUGACUGAGCACGAGGUUGCACUAUAUCGUGCAAGGCGUGAGGUUACAGUUGAGGGCACGGAUAUCCCAAAGCCAAUUCGAAUGUUCCAUGAGGCAAACUUUCCUGCGUAUUGCCUUGAGGUUAUCACAAGAUUGGGCUUUGUUGAACCCACAGCCAUCCAAUCACAAGGAUGGCCAAUGGCCUUAAAGGGCAGAGAUCUGAUUGGCAUUGCAGAAACAGGUUCUGGAAAAACUUUGGCGUAUCUACUGCCUGCUUUGGUUCACGUCAGUGCACAACCACGAUUGGUGCAAGGUGAUGGUCCCAUUGUGCUAGUAUUAGCUCCUACAAGAGAAUUAGCUGUUCAGAUCCAAGAAGAAGCUGUUAAAUUUGGAUCACAAGCAAAUAUAAGAAUCACAUGCAUUUAUGGAGGUGCUCCAAAAGGACCUCAAAUACGCGAUCUUAAAAGAGGAGUUGAAAUUGUCAUUGCUACUCCUGGUCGGCUGAUAGAUAUGCUAGAAUCUCAACAUACGAACUUGAAAAGGGUGACUUAUCUUGUUUUGGAUGAGGCUGAUCGGAUGUUGGAUAUGGGGUUUGAGCCUCAAAUCAGAAAAAUUGUUUCCCAGAUUCGACCAGAUAGACAAACACUGUAUUGGAGUGCAACAUGGCCAAAGGAGGUAGAACGAUUGGCAAGGCAGUUUCUACACAAUCCUUACAAGGUAAUCAUUGGGUCUCCAAAUUUGAAAGCAAAUCAAUCUAUAAGGCAAAUUGUUGAAGUUGUUACAGAUUCGGAGAAGUACAACAGGUUGACUGGACUUUUGAAAGAAGUGAUGGAUGGAAGCAGAAUUCUGAUAUUUGUGGAGACAAAGAAAGGAUGUGAUCAGAUCACAAGGCAACUAAGAAUGGAUGGAUGGCCAGCUUUAUCCAUUCAUGGCAAUAAAAACCAGGACGAAAGGGUCUGGGUACUGUCUGAAUUCAAAAGUGGUAGAAGUCCCGUAAUGAUUGCCACUGAUGUUGCUGCACGCGGUCUUGAUGUGAAGGACAUAAAAUGUGUAAUCAAUUAUGAUUUUCCUACUUGUCUUGAGGAUUAUGUUCAUAGGAUAGGAAGAACUGGUCGGGCGGGUGCCAAGGGAACUGCAUUUACAUUUUUUACCCAUGGAAAUGCAAAGUUUGCCAGAGAACUUGUUAAGAUCCUUCAGCAAGCAGGUCAAAUUGUUCCCCCUCAGUUGUCAGCAUUGGCAUGCCCCGGUGGUUUCAGCUCUGGAGCUUCAGGAAACAACUUCCGCUCUAGAGGGCGGGGAGGCUUUGGAAACCGUGGGUCGAUUUCGGGAUCUAAUACAGUUCCACUUGGAGCGAAAAGACAUUGGUAGUAUUAUACUGAUCCUCCAUAGAUGUGUUGUUCACACUAGAAAUAGCACAUUCAUGAUAGUUCAGAGAUCCCCUAGUCUUGUGCAGUACUAGAAAUAGCUUACCCAGAAACUGAAUUACUCCUCCUGAAAGCUUAUAUAUUUGUUUUCUAAACUGUAUUUCUAGUAGAAUGCAAUCCAAUUGCUGUUUAUUAACCUUGAAAAAGGUAGAGUUUGGUUUGCUGAAAGGAUUUAGCGAACUAAUGAAUGAUAUUUCAUCUAUUCUAA